AUGCAUAAUGAUUCAGUUAAAUUUCCUGUCAUUCAAAUCAAAUUCACUCCAUUAUUUAAGUCACAUACACCACUCAAAUUGUAUCCUGUCGAAAAUGAAGCAUGUGAUUCAUUCAAUUCAAUUCAAUGUGCUCAUUCCACUCCAAUGGUGGAGAAUGUGAUUUCACCUAAACAGUUACAACAAUUUGGAACAACAUUGACAGCUUUACAAAUGUACAUUAUAAUAAAGGUUCAGAAUUGGAUGCAUUUAACUACAGGGAAUACUCUUGUAUUAUUUUUGAAGCAUCCUCCGGCACCACUUAUUACACUGAAUAGUAAUUUUGAAAUAUAUAAAACUACUUCAUAA